GCCAAUGAGAACGCUUGGUGAGAUUGCGUCACUUGUUUCCGCCUACCGGCCUCAGGAGGCAACCUCCGCUACAGUAAGCAAGGUGUGGGAAGUUCCCGGUCCCAGGCUCAGCAUGCGGUGCACCAGUCCGGCUGCCCUGGUGACUUUUUGCGCCGGGCUUUGGAUCUCGAACCAUGUGCUGGCACAGGGCCUGGAGGCCGGUGUGCGACCGAGGGCUGACUGUGAAGUAUGCAAAGAGUUCUUAAACCGAUUCUACAACUCCUUGCUAACCAGAGGAAUAGACUUCUCUGUGGAUGCCAUAGAGGAAGAGCUGAUCAGCUUUUGCGUGGACACCAAGGGAAAAGAAAACCGCCUGUGCUAUUAUCUAGGAGCUACCAAAGACGCGGCCACCAAGAUCCUAGGUGAAGUCACUCGUCCCAUGAGUGUACACAUGCCCACGGUGAAGAUUUGUGAGAAGCUGAAGAAGAUGGACAGCCAGAUCUGCGAGCUGAAAUAUGAGAAGAAACUGGACUUGGAAUCUGUGGACCUGUGGAAGAUGAGAGCUUCAGAGCUGAAGCAGAUCCUUCACAGCUGGGGGGAAGAGUGCAGGGCCUGCGCGGAGAAGCAUGACUACGUGAACCUCAUUAAAGAACUGGCCCCCAAAUACGUAGAGACGCGCCCCCAAACAGAGCUCUGAUUUCGUCGGCUGUCGGCUGUCCGAGAGAGUGGACUGUAGUUAGAGAAAAAGGACUAAGACGAGAUUGUGCUGGUUAAGGCUAACCAGGAACUGCUAGGCUGGCUGCCGGUCUUGCUGUUGUAUUGUGGAGUUGUGCUGUAUAGGCUCAUAAUCAACCUGUGCUUCCCGCUGGCCGCCCUCAUUUGCAGAGUAUGGAGACCUCAAAGUGCCUCUGUCGUCCUUCUUCGGAGGGUGCAGUGGUUCUCUUUGCAUCACGGUGACAAUAAUGCCCAACAGAAACAAGUCCGGAGA